AUGAGUCGCUACAUGCCAGCUAUCAUGAGUGCGUCCCUCGGGCGUGCUUGGUUGCACGACCUCAACUACAAAAUCGAGCAAGCUGCGAAAGCGGGAUUCAAGGGUAUCGAGAUCUUCUACGAAGAUCUAGACUAUGCCGCUCGUCAGAUCUCCAAAAAUGACUCUCCGAGCCCCGAGCAUAUUUUGCAAGCGGCUGAACAUGUCUUCGACCUGUGCCAGCGCCAGGGACUUGAAAUUAUCGGCCUCCAGCCGUUUUUGUUCUACGAUGGUCUAAAGGACAGAGAACAACAUGCGCGUUUGCUCGAGAAGAUGAAAUUCUGGUUGAGGAUCGCGAAGACACUUGAAACGAACACCAUCCAAAUCCCCGCCAACUUCCUACCGGCCAAGCAGCUGACGGAUGAUUUUGAUGUUAUCGCAGCCGACUUGCGCGAAGUCGCAGACAUGGCUGCGGCAGCGAGUCCACCAAUCCGGCUGGCUUAUGAAAACCUCUGCUGGAGCACGCAUGUCGAUACAUGGGAGAAGUUGUGGGAUGUUGUCAAACGUGUUGACCGACCCAACUUGGGCAUGUGUCUUGAUACUUUCAAUAUCGCUGGUCGUGUAUGGGCGGAUCCAGCUUCGCCGACGGGGAAGACACCGAAUGCGGAUGCGGAUCUCGAGGCCUCGAUGAAGAAACUUGUAGAAGAAGUGGAUCUUUCAAAGGUCUUCUAUAUUCAAGUUGUUGAUGCGGAACGUAUAGAGUCGCCUCUGGUUGCUGGUCAUCCGUUCCAUGUGGAUGGUCAGCCAGCACGGAUGAAUUGGUCGCGGAACGCAAGAACUUUCAUGUACGAGGAGGAUCGUGGAGCCUACUUGCCAGUGGAGGAUGUCGCUAAGGCCAUUAUAUCCGGUCUGGGGUAUAAGGGAUACGUCUCCAUGGAACUGUUCUCGAGGACCAUGUCAGAGGAAGGAAAGAAUGUCCCUGAUCAGCAUGCGGAGAGGGGUAUUGAGGCAUGGAAGAAGUUUAGAAGCAGAUUUGGUCUUGAUUAA